UUUCGAUUGUCCAAACAAUAUUUUAUUGAACCGAAGCCACAAAACUGAAUGUGAUGAUCCACAUAUCCAUAUGUCACCAGGAGGUUUUCUAAACCGUACUUUCUCGUUAUGUAAAUAUGAGGGAAAACAAGGAAUUUCUGCCCGCACUCAGAUCUAAACUCCAAUACAGGAAGUCAGAGUUUUCAGUUAUAGUUUCUUCUGCGGACUCUGAAGCACUCAGCUCAGCUCUAAUCCACCUGCAAAACACCAUAGAUCUGGCUUGAGAUCCCAGGCAAAUAUAAGAGGGUGUUUCAGUUGUCAGCCAGUGCGGAAAUCGAAGGUAUCACUGACAUAAAAAACUUAAACUUGAAUUCACCCUAAAAGUUGAACUAAGCAGCUCAGAUGUCCACUCUGAACUCACUGCUCUCCAGGAGCCAGCAGAGAACGAUCAGCUCUCAUCUGGGAACUGUCAAACUGAAGCUGCUCUACAAAGCCACCGUCCACGGCUUUACUGGUGCUGCCUUCCACCAGCGAUGUGACAACCAGUCACCCACUGUGUCUGUGGGCUACAAUACCUCUGGUUAUGUGUUUGGAGGCUACACCAGGCAACCUUUUAGUCAGUCUGGACAGUAUGUGAAUGAUGACCAGGCUUUUCUUUUUAGGCUUACUGGUGGAAAACUACAAAAAUAUCCAGUUACUAAUCCUCCAUAUGCACUCCUAAUGGAUGGCAGCACUGGUCCUUAUUUUGGAAAUGCACUGAUUUUUGUCAAUGGAAAUAGCCCAGUAAUUUACAGCAAUCCAGGAAACUAUUACAACUUUAAUGCUGCAGAAAUGCACGGAAAUGACCUGAACCUGACUGAAUGUGAAGUUUACCAGGUGGAAGAAACUACUGAACUUGAGAAACCAUGGAGGACAAUCAUCUGGGAAUCAGAGAAGAGAAAUGAGCUGAUGGAGAGCAUCAAAACCUACGAGCCCACAGUCAGUCCUGUGUCCCAAGCUCGGGUUUUACUCAUUGGACAAGUUGGAGCUGGAAAGUCCAGCUUCUUCAACUCCAUCAACUCUGUAUUCAGAGGCCAUGUCACCAGCCAGGCCAUCUCUGGUUCUUCUUCCACCAGCCUCACCACUCAGUUUCGAACCUACUCUCUGAAAGCUGGACGAGAAGGCAAACCUCUGCCAAUCGUCCUGUGUGACACCAUGGGACUGGAGGACAGCAAAGGGGCGGGGAUUGAUGUUGAUGACAUCAGCAGCAUCCUUAAAGGUCAUAUGCCGGAUCGUUACCAGUUCAACCCCGCUGCUCCUCUGCAUGCUGAAUCUCACGGCUAUAACAAGUCUCCAGAUUUAAAAGACAAGAUCCACUGUGUGGCCUAUGUUAUUGAUGCCUGCAAGAUCUCCAUUAUGCCCGCAAAGCUGGAGGAGAAGCUGGAAACCAUCCGCAGAAAGGUUAACUUGUUGGGGAUUCCUCAGCUGGUGCUGCUCACUAAAGUAGAUGAAGCCUGUCCUUUGGUGAAGGACGAUCUGAGAAACAUCUACAAGAGUGGAUACAUCAAGGACCUAAUGCAGGAGGUCAGUACCAGGGUGGGCGUGCCGCUGUCAUGUGUUGUUCCGGUGAAGAACUACAGCGGGGAGUUGGAGUUGGACUUGAGCUGCGACAUCCUGCUGCUCAGCGCCGUCAUCCAGAUGCUUCGCUUCGUCGAUAACUACUUCGAUGAGCUCAGCGACCGACUGAGCAGCGUCGGAUCCAAUGAUUUAAAAUCUGCAUAAACAACCCCUCUAAAAACAGAAAGACAACUGUUUCUCAUCAGUUCUUGAAUGUCUUUAAAUUGGUGCAUAACGUGCUGCCUUUUAAUAAUCUUUUAACUUACUAAGUGGUUUUUAAGAAGUACUGGUUGGGUAUAUUUUUUCAUUCUACAGGUUUGGAAGUAAUAAUCUGAGUCCAACAAAACAGAAAAAUAAAUCUGAAAGGGGUCAAAUACAUUUUAACUACAAUGAGUCUGGAUGAAGUUCUAAAUACCAACAUCAGUCUUUAUCAUUUCUCAUGAUUACCAUGUUAAAACAAGGUAAAGAAAAAUUCAUUUCCGGGCAUGAAACUAAUGCUCCAAAUAAGUAAAAUGUAAGAUUUAUCUAAGUUUAUAGCUUGCAUGCAUAAAAGUCCACUGAUAUUUGAUUUUCUAGGAUUCCUAUGCUGGAAAAUGAGGGUUUUAUGUUUUCUAUGUUUAUUUUUUCUGUUAAGCUCCUCUGGUUUCUUGCUUUAAAAGCUCAGUUAUUGCUCAUUGACGCAGCAUCUCUUUCCUACAAAACGGGGCUGGAAUAUAUGAAGAUAUUAGAUGGUGAAGGAUUGGAACAUGUUGCUGAGGUCUUGGGCUCUUGCAUAGUUGCAUACAUUUUCUUUUCUUUCUGGUUCAUACACAACUUUUAAGUGCGCUGAGGUUUGUUGUUUAAAGUUUAAAUGACUUUGCUAUACUUUUUUGAGUUGGGUUUAUAUAAGGAGAAAUAAUAAAAAACCAAUUAAAAUGUGU